CCGCCGCCGCAGAGGCCGCCGGGAAGCGGCGGGAGCGGUGCGGAAAUACGGUACCCGGCGCGGCCCGGGGCGGAGUCCGCCCUUCCCGCCGCCGCCAUGGGCUGGGAGGAGAAGCAGGUCCGCGGGUACCCCGAGUUCGUGCAGACGGCGCAGCGCUACCACGGGCGGCCCAUCUUCGCGCUCUUCUGCGGCGACAAGGACGCGGCGGGCAAGAGCUGGUGCCCGGACUGCGUGACGGCUGAACCGGUUGUGAGGAAGGAACUUCAUAACAUGCCCGAUGAGUCUGUAUUCAUCUACUGCCUAGUAGGAGACAGAAGCUACUGGAAAGAUCCCAACAAUGAAUUCAGGAAGAAUCUGAAACUAACAGGAGUGCCUACACUGCUUAAAUAUGGAACGCCCCAGAAGCUGGUUGAAGAAGAAUGUUUUAAAGCAGAGCUUGUGCGCAUGUUGUUUACUGAAGACUAAAUCCUCCAGUAGUCAAUCGUUUACAAAGGUGUUAAUCUCAAGUUAUUUCCAGUGUCCUUUCAAGGAAUGCUUAACCUGUUUUAGAACUUUCAUGGUUAAUUACUUCAGACCAGUCAAGAUAAACAUCAUUAAAUUCUAGGUCCAAAUCUUCCACUAAAAUCCUGCAACCUGUAUCUUUCCUCUCAUGUUCAAAUAAACUUGAGUUUGUGAACGGUA